UGUGGGCCGCUCCGGAGUCGCGGUCGCGUUGUGUGUGAGUGAGGGGGAGAGAGUGCGGGACCUGAAGCGGCGUGUGUGAGCUGUGGCGGCUGGCGGGGUCAGCGGGGAGCGGCGGAGCCGCCCGGGAAGGCCAAGUCAUGACUACAGUAGCGGUACAUGUGGACUCCAAAGCUGAGCUCACUACCCUGCUGGAGCAGUGGGAAAAGGAACAUGGCAGUGGGCAGGACAUGGUACCUAUCCUUACCAGGAUGUCUGAAUUGAUUGAAAAAGAAACUGAAGAAUAUCGUAAGGGGGAUCCAGACCCAUUUGAUGAUCGACAUCCUGGUCGAGCUGAUCCAGAGUGUAUGCUGGGCCACUUGCUGAGAAUACUCUUCAAGAAUGAUGAUUUCAUGAAUGCACUGGUGAAUGCAUAUGUGAUGACAAGCCGAGAGCCCCCUUUAAACACUGCUGCUUGCAGACUCCUACUGGACAUCAUGCCAGGGCUAGAAACUGCUGUCGUCUUUCAAGAAAAGGAAGGAAUUGUUGAGAAUCUUUUCAAAUGGGCCCGAGAGGCUGAUCAGCCACUGAGGACAUAUUCUACUGGUCUGUUAGGAGGUGCUAUGGAAAAUCAAGACAUUGCUGCCAACUACAGGGAUGAAAAUUCACAGCUGGUGGCAAUAGUACUUCGAAGACUGAGGGAGCUACAGCUUCAGGAAGUAGCUUUGAGGCAAGAAAGCAAGCGUCCUAGCCCACGAAAGCUCUCCUCUGAACCCCUUUUGCCUCUGGAUGAAGAAGCUGUGGAUAUGGACUAUGGCGACAUGGCUGUAGAUGUAGUGGAUGGCGAACAAGAGGAAGCUUCUGGAGACAUGGAGAUCUCCUUUCAUCUUGAUUCAGCCCACAAGACCAGUAGCAGAGUGAACUCAGCAACUAAACCUGAGGAAGGAGGAUUGAGGAAAAACAAGUCAGCAAAACAGGGUGACAGAGAGAGCUUUAGGAAAGCCAAGCAAAAGUUGGGUUUCUCAUCAUCUGAUCCAGAUCGCAUGUUUGUUGAGCUGUCUAACAGCAGCUGGUCAGAAAUGUCCCCCUGGGUGAUUGGCACCAAUUAUACCCUUUAUCCUAUGACUCCUGCUAUCGAGCAGCGACUCAUUCUCCAGUAUCUGACCCCUUUAGGAGAAUAUCAGGAGUUACUUCCCAUAUUCAUGCAACUUGGAUCACGGGAUUUGAUGAUGUUCUAUGUUGACUUGAAACAGACUAACGAUGUCCUACUUACAUUUGAGGCACUCAAGCACCUAGCAUCUCUCCUGCUCCAUAACAAGUUUGCCACAGAAUUUGUUGCACAUGGUGGAGUACAGAAAUUACUGGAAAUUCCUCGUCCUUCUAUGGCUGCAACUGGUGUAUCCAUGUGCUUGUAUUACCUGUCCUACAACCAGGAUGCCAUGGAAAGAGUUUGCAUGCAUCCCCACAAUGUUCUGUCUGAUGUGGUGAACUACACACUGUGGUUAAUGGAAUGUUCUCAUGCUUCAGGAUGCUGCCACGCUACCAUGUUUUUCUCAAUCUGCUUCUCCUUCCGGGCUGUAUUGGAACUCUUUGACCGCUAUGAUGGUCUUCGUCGUCUGGUGAACUUGAUCAGUACUUUGGAGAUUCUAAAUUUGGAAGAUCAGGGUGCACUUCUGAGUGAUGAUGAAAUAUUUGCUAGCCGCCAAACUGGGAAACAUACGUGCAUGGCCUUGCGCAAGUACUUUGAGGCUCACCUGGCCAUUAAAUUGGAACAAGUGAAGCAGUCACUUCAGAGGACUGAGGGUGGCAUUCUUGUUCAUCCUCAACCCCCUUACAAGGCGUGUUCAUAUACUCAUGAACAGAUUGUGGAAAUGAUGGAGUUUUUGAUAGAAUAUGGCCCAGCGCAGCUAUAUUGGGAGCCAGCUGAAGUCUUCCUCAAACUUUCUUGUGUCCAACUCUUGUUGCAGCUUAUUUCUAUUGCUUGUAAUUGGAAGACCUAUUAUGCAAGGAAUGACACUGUGCGCUUUGCUUUGGAUGUCUUGGCUAUUCUCACUGUUGUGCCAAAAAUUCAGCUCCAGUUGGCAGAAUCAGUGGAUGUGCUGGAUGAGGCUGGCUCCACCGUCUCCACUGUAGGUAUCAGCAUUAUUUUGGGAGUGGCUGAGGGUGAGUUCUUUAUUCAUGAUGCUGAAAUUCAGAAGUCAGCACUUCAGAUUAUCAUCAAUUGUGUGUGUGGCCCGGAUAACAGAAUUUCUAGUAUUGGCAAAUUUAUCUCUGGAACUCCUCGGAGAAAGCUGCCUCAGACUCCCAAAAGCAGUGAGCACACUCUGGCCAAGAUGUGGAAUGUGGUCCAGUCCAACAAUGGCAUCAAGGUGCUUCUGUCCUUACUCUCCAUCAAGAUGCCCAUCACAGAUGCAGACCAGAUCCGGGCCCUGGCCUGCAAGGCCCUGGUGGGCCUGUCUCGCAGUAGCACUGUCCGGCAGAUCAUCAGCAAACUGCCCCUUUUCAGCAGCUGUCAAAUCCAGCAACUGAUGAAAGAGCCUGUGCUGCAGGACAAACGCAGUGACCAUGUCAAGUUCUGCAAAUAUGCUGCUGAGCUCAUUGAACGGGUGUCAGGAAAGCCACUUCUCAUUGGCACUGAUGUGUCACUGGCACGACUGCAGAAAGCAGAUGUUGUUGCCCAGUCAAGGAUCUCCUUUCCUGAGAAAGAGCUGCUUCUGCUGAUACGAAACCAUCUCAUUUCUAAAGGGCUUGGGGAGACAGCAACUGUGCUGACUAAAGAGGCUGACCUGCCCAUGACUGCUGCCUCCCAUUCUUCUGCCUUCACCCCAGUCACUGCUGCUGCUUCUCCUGUUUCUCUUCCCCGUACCCCUCGCAUUGCCAAUGGCAUUGCAACUCGACUGGGCAGCCAUGCUGCUGUGGGUGCCUCUGCCCCUUCUGCCCCCACUGCUCAUCCUCAGCCACGGGCCUCCCAGGGUUCACUAGCUCUGCCUGGCCCGUCUUAUGCAGGCAACUCUCCUUUGAUUGGUAGGAUCAGUUUUAUCAGAGAGAGGCCAUCACCCUGCAAUGGCAGGAAAAUCAGAGUGUUGCGGCAGAAGUCGGACCAUGGCGCCUACAGCCAAAGCCCAGCCAUAAAAAAGCAGUUGGACAGACAUCUUCCUUCCCCACCUACGCUGGACAGUAUCAUCACAGAAUAUCUUAGAGAGCAGCAUGCUCGCUGCAAGAACCCAGUUGCCACCUGCCCACCUUUCUCUCUCUUUACUCCUCACCAAUGUCCUGAGCCAAAACAGAGGCGGCAAGCGCCAAUAAACUUUACCUCAAGGCUAAACCGCAGGGCAUCAUUUCCAAAGUAUGGAGGGGUGGAUGGCGGAUGCUUUGAUAGGCACCUUAUCUUUAGCAGGUUCCGUCCUAUUUCAGUGUUCCGGGAAGCCAAUGAGGAUGAGAGUGGCUUCACCUGUUGUGCAUUCUCAGCACGAGAGCGGUUCCUGAUGCUUGGCACCUGCACUGGGCAAUUGAAGCUCUAUAAUGUGUUUAGUGGACAGGAGGAGGCCAGCUAUAACUGUCACAACUCAGCUAUCACACACCUUGAACCUUCCAGGGACGGGUCCUUGCUGCUGACAUCUGCUACUUGGAGCCAGCCUCUGUCUGCACUUUGGGGAAUGAAAUCAGUAUUUGAUAUGAAGCAUUCCUUCACAGAAGAUCACUAUGUUGAGUUCAGUAAGCACUCUCAGGAUCGAGUCAUAGGCACAAAAGGAGACAUUGCCCAUAUUUAUGAUAUUCAGACUGGCAACAAGCUGUUGACUCUGUUUAACCCAGAUCUUGCCAACAACUACAAGAGGAACUGUGCCACCUUUAAUCCUACAGAUGAUCUUGUCUUAAAUGAUGGCGUCCUCUGGGAUGUCCGCUCUGCACAGGCCAUCCACAAGUUUGACAAGUUCAACAUGAACAUCAGUGGCGUUUUCCAUCCGAAUGGGCUGGAGGUCAUCAUUAAUACUGAGAUUUGGGACCUUCGUACUUUCCAUCUUUUACACACAGUUCCUGCUCUAGAUCAGUGUCGAGUGGUGUUCAACCACACGGGGACAGUGAUGUAUGGAGCUAUGUUGCAGGCAGAUGAUGAAGAUGACUUACUGGAAGAGAGGAUGAAAAGCCCUUUUGGAUCAUCCUUCCGAACAUUUAAUGCAACUGAUUACAAACCUAUAGCGACCAUUGAUGUGAAACGGAACAUUUUUGACCUAUGUACAGACACCAAAGACUGCUAUCUUGCUGUCAUCGAGAACCAAGGCAGCAUGGAUUCUCUGAACAUGGACACGGUGUGCAGGCUGUAUGAAGUAGGCAGGCAGCGUCUGGCAGAGGAUGAGGAUGAAGAGGAGGACCAGAAGCGGAUGGAAGAGGAAGAACAGGAGGAAGAAGAUGACGAUGAAGAUGAUGACGACACUGAUGAUUUAGAUGAGCUUGACACUGACCAGUUGCUGGAGGCGGAGUUGGAGGAGGAUGACAACAAUGAGAACGCAGGGGAGGAUGGCGACAAUGACUUUUCUCCCUCUGAUGAGGAGCUAGCAAACCUGCUAGAGGAGGGAGAGGACGGAGAAGAUGAAGACUCUGAUGCAGAUGAGGAAGUGGAACUGAUCCUGGGGGACAACUCAUGCUUGCUGUGGUCCUGGUUCUUCCUAGUGCUGCCCUGCCUGACUGGGGAGUAAUCACUGUGAUAUUCAGUCAUUUUUCAUGUAGCUAACCUGGCCAGCAUUCUCACAGCCAAGGUAGGUAUUAUGCCUAAUAUGGUAGCCAGUAACCACCUGUGGCCAUUAGAAUUUUAAUUAAAUUUAAAAUUCAGUCCCUCAUUUUCAUGUCUACAUUUCAAGUGCUCAGUAGCCACAUGUGGCUACCAUAUUGAACAGCACAGAUAUAGAACAUUUACAUCAUUACAGAAAAUGUUAUUGUAUUGGCCUAAGCUCAGCAAACUCCAAGCCUCUUCAGAGUAGAUGCUUGGUUUUUAGUCAUUGGUGUUUGGUGUUGGGGGCAGUGGGAGGGAGGGAGUGUGUAUGUAUGGUAGGAGAGGAGAGGGUGGGUGGCAGUAUAUAUAUUUAAGCAUAUAUGUAUAAGAUUCUCCUGUUCCACAGUGACCUAAAUCCAUUUUCUUUGGGAUAAAUCUUAUACAUGCUUCUAGAGCUCAAGAUUGAAGGCAGUUGGCUUAGGGGAGACUGACUUUCUUACCUAAGUCCUCUUGCCAAAGUUGCAUUUUGAGGAAGCUCUGUGGGGUGGGAGGGAUUGCCUUGUAUCUGCCCAUCUGCUGUUUGCCAACUUCCAUUUUUUGGUACUUGGAGGUUGAGAUGAUUCAUUGAAGGAGGAUUUCCUUUGUCCCUAGCGAUGGUCAGAGAGCCGGGUAAGAGGGACUCAGGGGCAAGGGAAACAUGACAAUAUUGAUGGGAAUAAAAAGAAAAGUUUUACUAAACUUCUUUGUCACCUGUGACACGUGGGCACAAGUUCUGUUUCCCUUCAAUUGUAAGUAAUAUAAGGUAGGUUAGGGGAGCAGCUGGUACCCCCGACCUAAGAGUAUCACUAAUUUUUCCAUUCUCAGUUUGAAUAUAAAUUAAUUUUGUAUUUGGCCUGUAAAAUUACUGCUUCCUUUAUAGCCUUUUACUGGUUAUUCUAGGAAAUUCAUUCUUUUAAGCCCAAGAGGUAAUCUGGAAAACCCUAAUUCUAUCAGAGAAUAAUGUUACUUUAACUUGGUGGGAAUAUUUAUGAUGUAAAAGUGCCAUUAUAGAUGACAAGUUGAGGACAUGUCAGUUUGGGCUCUAGAACUGAGGUGGUGGCAUGUGCAGCAUAUGUACUCUAUUGCUUUCUC